UGAUGGUAUUCUUAAUUUUACUGUUUUCAUUAAGUACACAUUUUUAUAAGAUAUAAAUACACCUCAGUAAUUAUAUAUGUUUCAUAAAUUACUCAGGUUUCGUUUAUAUUUAAAUUUAAAGAUUGAAGCUUGUAACCAGUAAAGCGAUGGAUUCAACAGAAAACACAGAAGUCAGUGAUAAGGAUGAUGGGGAGAUGGCUUCUAUUCAAUUAAUAGAAAAAGAAACAAUAAAUUCGAGUGACGUAGAUGAAUUAAACACGACUGUUUUAAACGAAGAAUUAAUUACAAAAGGUACUGUGAAGGAUGAUGAAAACACACGUUCAUCAAUCGAAAAAAAUGUUGAAGAAAUAUUGCUUGGUGAUGGUAAUACUCAGAAUCUAGACAGUGAUAAUGUUGAUGAAGAAAUGGAGCUGAGAUGGGAUGAUGAUGAACUUGACGAAGUUGAUGAAAUAAGGAAUGAGGCGACUUUGCUUGAGGAAGAUUUGUUAGAUUCCCCCAAACCUUGUACUUUAUCACUGCAAGAUGAAGUUAUUAAAACUAUAGAAGCUGAAGAGAACCUUCUAAACUUAGAUAACGAUAAUGAAUCCAAAGAAUCACCCCCAGAUUCUAUAAAAGAGAGAUUGUUCGCACCUAACAAUGAUCACAAUUUAAAUAAACCCGAUAUUAUGUUAGAAAUUCCAAGUCAUGAAGUAAUUGAAUUUAGUGAUGAUGAAGAGGAUUUGAUUAACAAUCUUGAAAUGUCUCCUGACUUAGAAAGCGAUGAAGAAAUGUGUAAUUCAACUGAAGUUCCAAUUGAGUCAACCCAAGCUGAUGUACAUGCUGAUGAUGAACAAGGAGAAGGUGAUGUACUAGAAGUAGAAAAAGAUUUAACCAAUAUAGAACCAAUUGAAACAAUGAAUAAAGCACUCGAAAAUGAAGCUAAAUUUGCAGCAGAUAUUCUCACAAAAGAGCUUAAUGUAAUGCAUUCAGUACCAAUUAUUACCACAGACACAAAUACAGAAAUGAAUGAAGAAUUUCUUUUAAAAGAAGACUCAAUGCAAGAUGAUUGCCUUUUAAAAGAUGGCACAAUUGAAGAUGAUUGUCUUUUAGAAGAAUAUACAACAAUCCAAGAAGGAAUAAUAGAAAAUGUAAAUAGUUUAAAUGGUGAAUCAGAUAUAAUUAAACUAAAAGACCCGACAGAGGAAUCACUUAAGAAACAAGAUAAUUUAGAUGCAACAAAUACAAUUGCUAAUGAAUCAGAACCACGAGAGGAUACACAAAGCGUUGAUGAAGAAAUGACUGAUUUGUAUGAGGACAUAUUACUAGCGACUAGUGAUAAUUCUACAGAUGCUAAAGAAUCUGUUCCUGAUUUAGAAGAUACAACAAUUUUAAAAUCAGAAUCAUCCAUUGAUGUGGCAAUUAAUAUAAAAGAAACAGACACACCAAAAACUGAAUUCCACACAAGUGUAACUGAAGAUAAAAUGACAGAUACAAUUGAAAAUGAUUCUUCUUCGGAAGCAAAUAUUGUGACUGAAUCUCUAGACGCUGAUAUUACGAUAAUAUCUAGUAAUGAAGAUAAUGAAACAGACACAGAUUUCAUUGAUACCAUCCCAACAAUUCAACAAUCAGAAAAGGAAGAAGAAAGCAUAUUAGAUAAGCUAAUCACUAAUACAGCGAAAAAAAAUACUGACGUUCAAGCGUCUACUUCAACUGCUUAUAUAGACACACACAAAGAAGAGAUCCCUUCAAACACAGAUAUAAAAGAAAUUACUAAUGAUGAAGUACCCAAGGACUUACAAUCAGGAUUGUCAAGACAAGACGAACACACACUUGAAUAUCCACUGUCUACAUCUACUCUAGAUUUAAAGGGAGAUGAAGCCAAAUCACUUGUGUCAUCGGUUUAUGAAAAAACCUUUGCAAAUGUGUCUAUUGAUUUGCAUCUACCAGCACACCCAAUGGAUAUUGAUCAACCGCAACCAUCGACAUCAUUUGCUUGUCUUAAAACAUCAAAAAGCCCAGAUGAACAAUCAUCAAUGUUUGGCUCAUCAAUGGUUAAAGAUAAAGAUGUACCGGAAAUGACAGACAGUCUCGGUCUCCUGGCUGAGUGUAAAAUGAUGGAGGAAGAUGAGGAACAGGAAUAUGACGAUGACGGUGAUGGGGAAGAUGAAGAUGAUUUUGACCAAGAUGAUGAGAGCAGCAACCAAAUGACCGCAGAACAUUCCGAAGACUCAAACGCUCAGCAUUCAGAGUCCGAAGUGCAAAAAGAAAUGCAAAUUGACUUUCAAAUUGAUAAUGUGGUUUCUGAGGAUGCAGAAACUGAAAAUAAGGAAUAUACUGAUACUAAACCGGAGCAGCAAGAAACAACUGGAAAAGAUGUUGAAAUCAAAUUACAGAAUGACGACAACAAAUCAAACAUCGAAACGGUGAAGCUGUCAGACACGUCAGAUACAGAAAUAGACUCGGAAACAAUAGAGACAAAUAUACUAAAAACAUUAUUAUUGACAAAAAAUGAUACAUUAAUGUCGGAUAAGGUUGUUGAAGAGAAACAAUCACCGAGCAAGUCUAAAAAUUUGGAAAUAGUUAAACAAGAUACGAUAUUGAGUUUUGUUGACCUCGAAGAGAGCUCCUCGGAAGACGAUAUGAAAGAGGUGAAGGAUGAAUCUUCAAAAGUUAUCCAUGAAGACGAAAACGCAACAAAAGUUGAUGAAUCCGACAACACAAGUGCUGCUACAAAAGUGAAAAGUGAAGCUCUCGACAGCACACUGAAAACGUCACCAACUAAAUCUGUAACACAAGAUACGAAAACAGCGGAUGGAUCAACCGACGUCAUUGAAGAAAGCAAGCCGAAAGUUUCGAUAGGCUUGGAAGUCUUCAACCUCGAUUCUGAUGAUGAAGAAGAAAAUGUACCCGAAGAAGCAUCUCAGGAUAUCCCACAUGUACAGACUCAGGAUGUGAAAGACGAAAUGACGAGCGAGCCACUCAAAUGCAUCAACAGGUGUUGCCCGGGCGACAGUGGCGUUGAAUUCUAUAUAGCCGACAGCGAGGCGAUAAACUUCUAUGAUGCGGACAGGAAGAGGCGCGGCUACGUGUGCCAGAACUGCGCUGAUGCCGUGGAGAAACGGAACCAGGAACUAAUAGACGGUAUCAAGAAUUUCACACCGCUCCUGGAACUUGGUAUCAACAAAAGCGGUGAGGAGCUGGUCGAGAUAUCAGACUCCGAGUCCGAGGAUGAACCGGAACUAGACCAGGAUCAGAUGCAAAUAAUCGGGGUAGAAGGCGCGAAAAAAGCGGAGGAGAAUCUAGCGUCGUUGAUAAAUGAAACGUGGGAGAAAUACAAAAUGGACGCGCGUUUGGCGGACACGCAGGACGCGUUGGAAAAAGAAAUAGAAAAAUUGCAAAAGGAAAGCGAGGAAAUCAACGAAAUUUUAAACGAAUGCCAGGUGGCGACGGACCAGCUGAGGAACGAGCUGUACGCGACCUUCGAGCCGGACAUACGGGAACUAUCGCCGUUUGUUAUAUACGACAUGCCGAACUGCUCGUAUUCGUGCAUCGAACCUCCAACGACCGAGCAUGUUACAAUGAAACGAACUCGGUCACCGACCAACGAGAUUCCAGCCAAACGUCCCGCUAUACCGUUGGGGUAUGCGCCGUUAAAUGAAAAAAAUAAAGAGGAUUCGAAGAAUAUGAUAGUGACGAGCGAAAAAGCUGAAGAUGAUAAUACGGAUGUGUCAGUCGUAAAGUUGUCAGCGGAAUCAGCCCCGAAGGAUCUGCCGCCGCCAGGGGAAAUCACGAUGCCUCCCGUCAAGGCCGGGAUGACGGUGUAUGCGAUGAAGAACGCCUUCGGUUCCUGGCUCAAAGCGAAGAUUGUUGACAUAUUACCGAAGCCACCUAAUUCAACAUUCACACUGUGUCGUGUUAAAUUUGAACACAAAGUGACGAAGAACAUGUACAAGAUACUCCCGGCGAGGUGCCUGGCGUACUACGAGCCCCCUGACGUCAGGAUGACCAUUGGUCGUCGUGUCAUAGCGCUCUUCAAGGAUACAAAUAAACGCGAGACAUACUAUUCCGGAGUCGUAGCUGAGAUACCGAAUCCGGUUAAUUCUUAUCGCUACUUGAUCUUCUUCGACGACGGCUACGCGCAGUACGCCCAGCACGCACAGACGCGCCUCGUGUGCGAGUGCUCGUGCUUCGUGUGGGAGGAGGUGCACCCCUACUCGCGCGACUUCGUGCGCCAGUACCUGUUCGCCUACCCCGAGCGGCCCAUGGUGCGCCUGCACGCCGGGCAGAAACUCAAGACCGAGUGGCGAGGCAAGUGGUGGUCGUCCAGCGUGGUGCGCGUGGACGCGUCGCUGGUGGAGGUGCAGUUCCUGCGCCGCGACCGCCGCGAGUGGAUCUACCGCGGGUCCACCCGCCUCGCCCCGCUGUACCUGGAGCUGCAGGCGGCCGAGCGGCACCGCCCCCGCGCCGUGCCGCGCGCGCAGCCGCAGGCCAGGAUGAACAUGCCGUAUGUCGAAUAUACGAGAUCGGAUGAACAGACCAACAAAGCGGGCGACGCGCAGACCCAACUGCAGCGAGCACAGAUACAAAACGAGGAGCUGCGGCGCCAGCGCGCGGUGGCGAAGAAGUCCACGGCCGCGCCCGCGCCGCCGCCCGCCGGGGCCAACCUGGACAGCGUCGCCAGCAGGGUGGUCUUUUACACGCCGAAGAGUGCGGUUAAACCGUACAAAAUGGUACCACAUACGUGUUCGCCGAAAUGCAAGAGAACAGACGUUCUGGAUCUCAAAGAUCUUCGAACGUACAACCCGCUGACCAAACCGUUACUGAGCGGUUGGGAGAGACAGGUGGUGCGCUGGAAGGGGGGCCGCAGCGUGCUGUACGUGGCGCCGUGCGGGCGCCGCACGCGCGACGUGCGCGAGCUGCACGCGUACCUGCGCGCCGUGCGCUCCGACAUGGCCGUCGACCUGUUCGACUUCAGCCCCAGCACGCACUGCCUGGCCGAGUUCGUGCUCAACAGCUGCUUCGUCGGCAAGAAGGACCUGUCGCACGGCAAGGAGAACGUGCCGGUGCCGUGCGUGAACUACUACGACGACUCGCUGCCGGAGUUCUGCUCGUACAACACGGAGCGGACGCCGACGGCGGGCGUGCCGCUCAACCUCGACCCGGACUUCCUGUGCGGCUGCGACUGCGACGACGACUGCGAGGAUAAAACGAAGUGCGCCUGCUGGAAGAUGACUCUAGAAGGUGCUAGAACGAUUGGCCUGGAAGGCGAUAACGUCGGCUACGUGUACAAGAGGCUGCCGGAGCCCUUGCCUUCGGGCAUUUAUGAAUGUAAUUCCAGAUGUAAAUGUAAACACACGUGUCUCAAUCGCGUCGCGCAGCAUCCUCUACAGCUUAAGUUACAGGUAUUCAAAACUCUGAACCGAGGUUGGGGUAUAAGGACCCUCAAUGACGUCCCCAAGGGGUCCUUCCUCUGUGUGUACGCGGGUAACUUGCUCACAGAUGCGACAGCUAACUUGGACGGUCUCAACGAGGGGGACGAGUACCUGGCUGAGUUGGACUACAUCGAGGUCGUGGAGCAGAUGAAAGAGGGCUACGAGGAGGAUAUACCGGAGCAUAUCAAAAAGUUAGACAAGAAGGAACUUGAAUCGAAAGCGUCAGAGGAAACGGAAGAGGAGGAACAGUCAUCAGAUGAAGAGAUGAGUAACAACAAGACGGACCUUGAGGAUGAUGACUUCGAGCCGGGACAUAUAGGUCUCGGCCUGGCUGAGUUCAAUAAACGUUUACGGAAAAGGGAGUCGAAGAAAGAGAAAAAUAAUGAAAAAAUAAAAGAGGAAGAGAAUCAAAAGGAAGUCGAUAAAAAGGAAAUAAAGGAAGAAACAAAUCCAGAUGAGGACUGCAUCACCAUCAGUGAUGACGAAGAAGUGAGGGAGCCGUCAUGUUUCACGGCGGCCGCCGGUAUGGGUGCCAACGAAUUUAUAUCUAAAUACAGAUCAGUACGGAGGCUGUUCGGAGAAGAUGAAGCGUGUUACAUCAUGGACGCGAAGGUUCAGGGCAAUAUUGGGAGAUAUCUAAAUCACUCGUGCUCGCCGAACGUGUUCGUGCAGAACGUGUUCGUGGACACCCACGACCCGCGGUUCCCGUGGGUGGCGUUCUUCGCGCUGAGCCACAUCAAGGCGGGCACGGAGCUCACGUGGAACUACAACUACGACGUGGGCUCCGUGCCCGGCAAGGUGCUGUACUGCCACUGCGGGGCCAGCAACUGUAGGGGGCGGCUGCUCUAACUUAGAUUGUAUUUAAUAUGAAACUGGUCUCAAUAAUAAACUAAGGUGUCAUUAGUUUUAACUGUAGUAUUAAAACAUUUACGUCGAUAAUGAUACGGUUCAGACUGAUUUGUUUUAAACAAUUAGGUACGUAUGUCUAUGUAAUAAGGUUCAUUUUUCAUUGUAUCAUGUUGUAUUAUACUGGAUAACGCAAAAGUAACGACCGUAUUCUAAAUAUAAAAAAAUAUUAUUCGUUUUUUCUUAUAUAAUAUCAUAUAUAAAGUCAUAUUAGAUGUUUUCUAUAAUUUGCCGCAACACAAACACCGCGCCGGAAGGCAAAGAAUGUCUUCUUUUCAAGCUGCGAGAGUGUGGCUUAUUCACAUAUACCAUAGAUUUCAAAUAACCACAAAUAAUGUCUGGACAGGUCAAAUCGGACCGGUGGGGGGGAUAUUAUCAUUCAUGUUGAUUUUAUCACAGUAUUCCGUAAAAACAUUUACGAUUAUAUCAAGUUCGUGAGCACUCGGUCUAUGUUUUUUUUUUGUGUAUACAUUUGUUUAAUACACAACUUUCAAUAUCAAUUAAAUAUACAAGUAAUUGUAUAAUUGUUAUUAUUAGUUUUUAUUCUUUGUUUAUUCAACUACGUCUGCCUCGACUGCCUCGUUAGUCUUGUGGCUUGAUGUAAGGCCACUGGCCCGGAGAACCCAGGACGAGUUCAAUUCCCAGGUCGGGCCAAUAAGAGUUAUUGGGUUUUUCUGUCAGAAAAUUCUCAGCAGCAGCCCGAAGUCUGGAAGUUGGAAGUGUGUAAACUCCCGUGCCUCGGAAAGUACGUAAAGCUGUUGAUCCUGCUGUUAGGAAUAUGUCAAAUCUUGUCUAUGGUGUCUUAAUUGUAUUAUUGUUAUUAUUGCUCUUUAGUCCUUGUUUACACUUGUGUACUAUUAACGUAUUAAUUGUCACUGAGCGAACUGUCAUUGGCCUUGCUCACAUGCAGCCUUGAGACGGACUCUCAAUGUCUUAUGAAAUAUAUCGAGAUGAGAUCAUUGACAAUUUUUAGUACUUUUUAUGGUUUUGAUAUUCCUAACAGUAAUCUCUAAAAUUCCAGUCCUUUUUCACGACCACUAAAACUGUUUAGUUGAAAAUUAUUCCUAUAUUCACUUUUACAACUUCAUUUAGAGUUUCUCGCUGUAGAAUGAUUGUUACAGAUAAAAUAUAGAUAUGUCAAUUUAAUUAUCUAUACUGUGUUGCCAUUUUAUAAUCUUUGUAAUAAAAUCAAGUUUCAAACGAAUGUUAUUAUUAAGUUUGUGUAUUGGGAUCUCAAUGAUGACAUGUAAAUAAAUUAUAUAAAGUUAUUUGAACUUAGUUAUGGCGUUUCAUAUUUAUAUUUGCAUAAAUAAAUCUCUAAAGUUGAUGUUUGGGGACGAAUGUACAGUAACAGCCUGUGAAUGUCCCACUGCUGGGCUAAGGCCUCCCCUCGCUUUUUGAGAAGGUUUUGGAGCUUAUUCCACCACGCACAAAUGUACAUAUCACAUCAUUUUUAAUCUAUAGUACAAGGUGUUUAAUUAUCUACAACAUUGCAGUUAUUUCGUUUUGUCAUACAGUUUUGUAGAUGUCACA